UGGCUUGGCAUGGCCGUGGCACAUAUCAGUUCAAAUCGGGCUCUUAUGCUUUUUCCCACGGAGUUGCGCUCUGCUCGCCGACUCCUCUUAAUCAGCAUAAGACACCUUAUUUGGCAGUGCUUGCAUCCCAGACGGGUAAUCUUCAGAGCCUGCUGGCAUCAGUUCGGUCGCCAAGUCUAA